CUCAGCAAAACAGAAAGUAAAAAUGGCUGCCUUGUGACACAUUCGGUUUUAUUGCGCAAUUCGAACCAACUGUUUGGCAUUUAAAAACAUUUAAUUAGGUUACAAGUUAAAAAUGAAGAGCCGUUUCAGCACCAUAGAUAUAACGGCCGUUGUAAGGGAGCUGUUGAGGUUUGUUAGUAUGCGUGUUAUGAAUGUGUACGAUGUAGACAACAAAACAUAUCUCAUCCGACUGGGAAGGCCAGACGAUAAAGCAGUGAUUCUGAUGGAGUCAGGUAUUCGUCUUCAUAGCACUGAGUUUGAAUGGCCGAAAAACCCGGCACCAUCAGGCUUCUCAAUGAAGCUUCGUAAACACCUGAAGGGCAAGCGUCUAGAGAGCAUAGAGCAGCUAGGUGUAGAUCGUAUCGUGGAUAUGACAUUUGGGUCUGGGGAAGUGGCCCAUCAUGUGAUACUGGAGCUCUAUGAUAGAGGUAACAUAGUGCUGACUGACCACACCUACACAAUUCUCAACAUCCUGCGACCCAGGACGGACGAGAGCCAGGAUGUGAAGUUUGCUGUGCGGGAGAUGUAUCCCUUGGAAACGGCCAAACAGCAUGCGCUUCCCACAGAGGAGCAAUUGAGACAAAUAUUAUUGUCUGGAAAAGAAGGUGAUCCGUUGAAGAAGUUUCUUAUACCUCAUCUUGACUAUGGGCCAGCUGUGAUAGACCACUGCUUGUUGACCGCUGGGUUUCCUGACAAUGUCAGGAUUGGAAAGGGCUUUGACAUUACCACAGAUAUGCCCAAGCUGUUGGUUGCCAUAGAGGAAGCAGAAAGCUUAUUGAAUCUGUUCCAGUCCCAGAAUUCAAAGGGCUAUGUUACAAAACAUGUUGAGAAGAGGCCCAGCGUGAAAGAAGGGGAAAAGGAGAUACUGGAAAUGUUCGAUGAAUUCCACCCGAUGCUGUUUAAACAGUACGAGAAGAAAAAUGUGCAGGAGUACCCAUCCUUCAAUAAGGCAGUGGAUGAGUUUUAUUCUCAAAUGGAAGGCCAGAAAAUAGAACUGAAAACACUUCAACAGGAGAAGCAGGCACUGAAGAAGCUGGAGAACGUGAAAAAGGACCACGAGAAGCGGGUGGAGGGGCUGCAGAAGGAACAGGAAGUGGACAAAAUGAAGGGGCAGCUCAUUGAGAUGAACCUUGAUAUGGUUGACCGUGCCAUCCUGAUCGUGCGUAGUGCCAUCGCCAACCAGAUAGACUGGACUGAGAUCCACAAUCUUGUGAAGGAGGCCCAGUCUGAUGGGGACCCUGUUGCCUUGGCAAUCAAGGAGCUCAAACUGGCAACCAAUCACAUCACCAUGCUGUUAAAAAAUCCGUUCGUGGACAGUGAUUUUGAAGAUGAUGAUGAAUACAACGUGAAGCCAAUGCGAGUGGACAUUGAUUUGAGCUUAAGCGCCUAUUCAAACUCAAGAAAGUAUUUUGAGAAAAAGAAGCAGGCAGGUGUGAAGGAACAGAAGACGGUAGAUGCCUCCGCUAAGGCACUGAAGUCAGCAGAACGAAAGACCAAAGAAACACUGAAGGAAGUGGCUACAGCAGCGUCCAUCAACAAAGCUAGGAAAACUUACUGGUUUGAGAAGUUCCUGUGGUUCAUCAGCUCUGAGAACUUCCUUGUGAUUGGUGGAAGGGACCAGCAACAAAACGAACUGCUUGUGAAACGAUACAUGAGGCAAGGUGACAUCUAUGUGCAUGCUGACCUACAUGGUGCCAGCAGUGUUGUUAUCAAGAACCAUACUGGUGAGGAGGUGCCACCAAAAACCCUAAACGAGGCGGGAACCAUGGCGAUAUGCAACAGUGCAGCAUGGGAUGCCAAGGUGGUGACCAGUGCUUGGUGGGUUUACCCUGGCCAGGUGUCGAAAACAGCGCCGUCUGGGGAGUACCUUACUACAGGAUCCUUCAUGAUAAGAGGCAAAAAGAAUUUCCUGCCACCCACCUAUCUGAUAUAUGGAUUCGGUCUGCUUUUCAAGCUGGAAGAGGGCAGUGUAGCGCGCCAUAAAGGUGAGCGCAGAGUUCGCACAGCGGAAGAGGAUGAUGACAUGCUUUCAGUGGCAGACUCCUCUGCAACAGAGGUUACCAUGGAAGUGAAUACUGAUUUGGAAGAAGACUCUGAUGAUGAUGAAGAGAGUGAUGAUAAGACAGGGAAUAGGGACGGUGAGAAUGUGCAGAACAAAGAAGUAUCUGACAAACAGAAAAGUGAUAAUGAUUUAGAAGAAAAUGAGUCGAAGGGUGACAUUGUUAGGACUGAGCAUGAAGAUGCAGGUGAAGAUGUGAAUAAUGCUAGUUGUCAGGUCUCUGCUGUGAAAAUUGAGCCAGUGCUGGAUGAGAGACCUACUAGCCUGCGCAGCAGUGAUAAGGUGACAAAGGCUGAGCCUGUAAUGGAGUUUCCAGAUACUGAGAUCAACUUGCAGUUUGUGAAGGGGGACAAGUAUGAACUGUCCCGCAGUAUUUCCAACCAGAGUGACGAGCCAGAAGUGAUCACUCUUGGAGACGGGGUACCUGUGACCUUUGGGGAGAAGCCUGCAAGCUGCGGUCCUCGACUUUCUGCCAAACAACGCCGGGAGAUGAAGAAGGCAAAGAAGCAACCCAACCUGUCCCCUCACCGUGAACAUGUGGAGCCCAGACCCUCAAAGGAGGAAGAGGACAGUGAGGAGGGGAUGCAAGAGAAGAGGCACAGCAAUAAAGGGUCUCUGAAGGGGUCAUCGAAGGAUGGCCAGUCUCCUGAGAUAGACACACAAAACUCACAGUCCGACCAGGCACAGUUGAAACGACGCCAAAAGUCAAAGAUGAAGAAAAUGAAGGAGAAAUACAGAGACCAGGAUGAUGAAGAGAGACAACUCCGCAUGGAAAUAUUGGCUUCUGCCGGCCAUAAGAAAGAGGACAAGAAGAAGAAAGGAAAGAAGGGUGAGGAGAAAGGGCAGCCAAAGUCUAUUAACCAGAGCAACCAACAGCAACAGAAGAAGAAAACCACACUCGUUGACAUAGUGAUCAAGGAUCUGGGAGAGUUGACAACUGAGGAUGCUGAUGUUGCUGGCCUGAAGGAGGGCUCUGCUGUUGUUGCAGCUGAUGAUGAUGAUGAUCGUCAGGAGGAUGAAUCCCAAGCAGCCUCUGAGGAUGUUGCCAUCCUGAACUCGCUGACUGGUAUCCCCGAUGUUGAAGAUGAGUUGCUGUUCUGUGUACCAGUCUGUGCCCCGUAUAACGCUCUCACCAACUACAAGUACAAAGUGAAACUCCUACCUGGGUCUACCAAGAGGGGCAAAGCAACAAAAUUGGCCCUCAACAUGUUCCAGCAUGAUAAAAAUGUCACACCCAGAGAAAAAGAUCUUCUGAAAAUUCUCAAAGAUGUGGACAUAUCAAGAAAUAUCCCUGGCAAGGUCAAGGUCACUGCACCCAAUCUUCAGAAGGCCAAGAAAAAAUAAACACUGUUUCCAUAAAAACCUCCUUAAAUGAACAUUAUGAUGUUAUUAUUACUAUCAAAUACGAAAAGUACUGGUUCACAACAUUUGGUGAUUGCAUCUGUUAUUGUUUAAUAAACGUUGGAAAUAA